GCUGAUCCUCCAUCACCGCUACUUCCAACCGGGAAGGUCAUCACUACAAAACCCGAGACAUUGAGAGCACAAAAUCCGAAAGGAUUGUUUGCGGCCCCCGUAAGCACCAACUCAGCUCCAUUUUAAGAGAUGCGGGCUGCACCAUCUCAAUCCCAUUACCCACGCAAAGAUGUCUUCCGCCGACAAAGUUCAGCCAGAGGUCAAAUCAAGCGACCAGCUUCUCGUCUGGAAUGCCAUCUCACGCUUUCUGCCCGUGUCCCACCCUGACCACUCGUAUUGGUGGAAGGUGACGGGCCGCCAUCUUGCCUUGAUGAUGCAUGAGGCAGAGUACCCACUGGAGCGGCAGAUCGAGAACCUACUCUUCUACUUCUUCACCGUCAUCCCACGCCUCGGGCCGCAACCCACCUCCCGCGAGCCGUGGUUCAAGAGCCGAGUUGCAGCCGGGGCGGGCGAUGGUGCCCCCAUCGGAUACAGCUGGCGCUGGAGCAUCGGUGACACCAAGCCCGGCAUCCGCUACUACAUUGAGCCGGUGGGCGCGCUGACCGGCACACCGGCUGACCAGCUCAACGAAGUCGCAACCAAGGAGCUGCUCGUCGAGCUCGGCAGCCUGCUCCCCGACGCUGAUCUCUCCCUCUUCUGGAAGUUUGCGCCGCACCUGCGUCCCAACCUGACAGACUCGGCUUCGCUCCAGGCCUUUGCCGGUUCUGCUUUGCUGCUCGGUGUCGAAAUUCCCCCCUCGUCCAGCGCCGUCGACAUCAUGACCUACUGGUUUGCCCGGGCGCCGACGCAGGCCGCCCAGCUGCUCGACAGUACUCUGCCCGCCGCCAUGCGUGAUGCCUACGGUGCCGAGGCCGACCUUACUGCUCUUGCUGCAGUCCGCGACUUCAUGGCAAAGGACCCAAACGGCUCCCAGCUCACCAUGACCGGCACUACCGCGACAGACUGCCGCCGCCCCGCCGAUGCCCGCGUCAAGAUCUACGUUGCCACGCGCAACUCGUCCUUCGACCACAUUGCAGCCGUCAUGACGUUCGGCGGCCGCAAAACCGUGUCCUCGGAGCUGAUGGCCCAGCUGCAAGAGCUUUGGUACCGUCUGAAGGGAUUGCAGCCAGACUUUCCCACGUCGGCACAGCUGCCGCUUCCUGCUGGCGAUGGUGGCGCAAACCCCAUCGGCUUGAGCUUCUACUUUGACAUUCAGCCCAAGCACGCUCUGCCGGAUGUCAAGGCGUACUUUGCCGUCGGAAAGCAUGCCAAGACCGACUUGGCUGCUGCCGAAGCCGUGACUGGUUUCUUGGAGCGCCACGGCCGUGGCCGCUACACUAAGGCGUAUAUGAACGCAUUGCAGGGCGUCGUGACUCCUGAGGAACUGCGCACCCGCCGUGGCGCGCAGGCUUACUACUCGGUUGCGUUCAAGAAGGGACAAGUGGAUAUUACGUCGUACUUUGUCCCGCAGGUUUAUAGGAGGUUCGAUGAGAUAGAGGCCGAGAUAAAUGGUAGAUAGAUGACUCGCUUAUCUUCAGGGAUAAGUAGAAAGAUUGUUAGGAUGAUUUUGACCUAGUUUUCUUAUAUAAUGCCACCAGCGGAACCGUAGGACACCGAGAUAGGCUUGGAACACUCGCUUCUACUCUUGCACGAUCAGGUGUAUUGCUGGGUACGUCAUAAAAUGGCUUGAAGUUGGGAAGUUAUGGCGGGAUAGAACAGUGGACAGGGAGCAGCUACAUAGUCUGAAACCACUAAGUCUGUCUCUUACU